CCCCUCCCUCCCCUCCAAUGCGCCUCCCGCUCAUUUCCUCUUUUCCUCCCCGCUCGCCGCCGCUCCGCAGGCGCGCGGCUCGCCCGGGCGCCGCCGCGGAGUUGUAGCUCCCAGGAAGCCGCCGCGCCCCCGCGCAGCCGCCGCCGCUCCCAGGCCGCCGCGGGACCCCGCUCCCACCGCCGGGUAAUUGAGCUCUGUGGACUUUCUCUGAAGAGAUUCCAAGAUAGGUGCUGCUGAACCCAGACCCAGAAGAGGAUGGGGAAGCAGAACAGCAAGCUGCGCCCCGAGGUGCUCCAGGACCUGCGUGAGAACACCGAGUUCACGGACCACGAGCUGCAGGAGUGGUACAAGGGCUUCCUAAAAGAUUGCCCAACGGGCCAUUUGACUGUAGAAGAGUUCAAAAAAAUAUAUGCAAAUUUUUUCCCCUAUGGCGACGCGUCGAAGUUUGCGGAACAUGUCUUCCGCACCUUUGACACCAAUGGCGACGGGACGAUUGACUUUAGGGAAUUCAUCAUCGCCCUGAGCGUCACUUCUCGGGGCAAGCUGGAACAGAAGCUGAAGUGGGCGUUUAGUAUGUACGACCUGGAUGGCAACGGGUACAUCAGCCGCGGGGAAAUGCUAGAAAUAGUGCAGGCAAUUUACAAAAUGGUUUCUUCAGUAAUGAAAAUGCCAGAAGAUGAAUCCACUCCUGAGAAGCGAACAGACAAGAUCUUCAGACAAAUGGACACAAACAAUGAUGGUAAACUGUCACUGGAAGAGUUCAUCAAAGGUGCCAAGAGCGAUCCCUCCAUCGUGCGGUUGUUACAGUGUGACCCCAGUAGCGCGAGCCAAUUCUGAUUAAAGCGGACAGUGUGCUCAGAGAAUCUCAGCUUGUGUCCUUCAAGCUUUGCUCGCAAACGGAUGCCUUCUCAACCAUUCCUCCACACUUUGCGGAUAAGAUCCCGUUGCCAGAUUGUGUGUGUGCGUGUCCGAGCGAACCAGCCCUUGCUCCCCCCAAUAACACCAGUGCAGUUCUCCUUCGGCAGCUCCGUUUCUGCUUCCCUGUAAUGUUACAAUUCACUCUACACAUUUUAAACAUUAUUGAAAGGUAUGUUUACAUGCAGCUACGAGAGAGUUCAAUCACUGGUGAGAUACCAUUUCACUUAGUCUGUAAGAAAGGUGAUGUUCUAGUAGUUCCCGAGAAGAUGCUAGGUAGGACUUUUACCCAACAUAGCAGAUGGUAGAUAAUUUAUUUUGCUUCAGAAAUUACUGUG